UUCCUUGGCUCCAUGAAAUCUGAGAAUGUAUACAUACCCCAUAUAUGUAUAUAUGCAUGUAUAUACUUGAGGACUGUUUGAUAGCAGAUGAAGUGGCUGAACUAAAUGGCUUAUUACUAUUUCUUUUAGUGAACAAGUAAUUAAGUAGGUUGUGAGUUCCUUAAUAGUUGAAUGUCAUGUUGGGUUGAUUAUUAUAAUUCUAGAUAUUUUAUUAUGUUACUAUUUUAUCCACAAUGUUUUUGGGCUGAAAGUUAAGUGAAUAAAAGGUGAGGAGAUAAACAUGGGGUGGCCUUUUGCACCCCAUAAUAAGUUGCCAAGUGGAAGGUGGAAUGGACGAGGGCAGGUUCAGAGUAGUAGGAAGGUGGAGGUCUGAGGUGUCGAUCGAAGCCAAGACCUUCAAAAUCGAAGAGGAAAGGAUCAAAGGUGAGGAUGUUUUGAAAAUCAGAGAGAAUAACAGGGCGACUGUGUUGGUGUCAAAGGAGGUCUUAGUCUGGUUGAAAGGUUUCAUAGAUGGGGCUAUCAACUCUGGUAAGGUGAUUGGAUGGACAAAUUCUUUGGCUGUACCAGGUAAGAAAUUUGUAACAGAAUUGAAAAGAAACAGAAAGGGUUGGUUUAUCUCUGUGGUGGAGUUUUUUGGAACAAGAGGAAAGCAACUACUGUGUGUGCCAGAAGGGAGGCUACGGAAAGGGUGGAUGGAUUUUGUGAAGGUGCUACAGUAUUUUCUUGUAGCCUUGGAAGUGAAGAGAGCAGAGGGGGUGAAGAGAACUGGCCAAAUUUCCAAAGACCAGGGUAAAAAUGCUCAGGAAGGGGCAGUUUUGUUGAGUUCCUCUGGGAGCGUAGAAGUGCAAGGCACUCCGACUGAAGUGGUGGUUGCUUGCGCGUCUAGUCCUCGAAGAUUAUUGGUAAGAGCAAGGAAGGAUGAGUGGAAGAAAAGAAGGGUUUUAGUGGCCGAUAGAGGAGUGACAGACUGGAGAAGGGUUCUGUGUACAGUGGUAGGGGAGUUAGGAUCUGGGAGUGAAGCUUUGUUGUUCCCUUUUGCAGAGACGAAAGCUGUGCUUGAUGUAGGCGACUGGGAGCUAAGUUUUAAAGCAGUAGUGGUGGAUGGAGUUCUGAUACAGGUUCAGAAYUGGAGUCCAUUUUGCAAUGAAGUCGAAGUCCAAGAUGGUUGUGUCYGGCUGAAGCUUGUAGGCCUUCCAUUUCACCUUUGGCGGAACUCUGAUCUUGAACACAUUGUGCAUUGUCUGGGAGGUAUCUUGAUGAAAGCUGAUAAACGUUUUCUGGGUGCCAUGGAGUUACAGGUUGCUGGUGUAAGGCACGAGAACUUGCCGAGGGUCAUUGAAAUAUGCUCGGAUGAUGCCUAGUACAAGGUGUUCCUAAGGUAGAAGAUGAUGAGCGGGCGGGGUGGUGGACACGUGGAGGGCGUUUGUUGGGAGUCAAAAAGGUGGAGCAGACGCAAGGUUUUUUUGGGGUUACUGAGCCGGUUGGGGAAAACCAAAUGACAAGAAAUCCCAUUAAGGAAAAAUUUUCAAAUAGGUUUGAAUU